AUGUAUCAGCAGGGAACACGUCGCCGCAUUGCACUGCUCAUAUGCGAUGUACCUGUUGAUACCAUUCGGGAGCAGCACGGGGACUAUACAAGGAUUUUCGGAGCCUUGCUAGAAGAAUCACUGAAGCCCAUUAAUGAGAUUCAUCCAGCUGACUCGCAAACGACGUUCACACUUGAGCCUUUCGACGUGCGCGCGCAGAUUUACCCUAGAGAGGAUGAAUACAAUGCAAUACUAAUCACCGGCUCUGCAUCUACUGCCCACGAAUACGAACAGCCAGGUAGAGAAUGGAUGAAAAAGUUGAUUGAGUAUGUGAGGUUUGUCGCGACAGAGAAACCACAGAUAAAGAUUUUUGGCAUAUGCUUUGGACAUCAGAUCGUCGCGCUUGCCAUGGGCGGGACAUGUGUUCGCAAUACUCGUUUCGAAGUUUCUGCGACGAAGCUUCAAUUGACUGAGCUCGGAAAGAGAGUGUACGGCGUCGAAUCAGGCAACAUUCAUCUAAUGAAUCGCGACCAUGUUCCCACCAAGCCGCCAUCAUUCCAUGUUCUCGCUUCAUCUAGCCAAUCGCCGAAUCACGGGAUGGUUCUCUUUUCCGAGCCAGACUCCCAAAAGGAUGCACCGCACUCAAAUUUCUGCCUGACCGACAUUCAUAUCCUCACCAGUCAAGGCCACCCCGAAUUCACGGAGUCCAUAAUGCGUCUACUUCUUCACAUGCGGCGAGAGCUUCUGGGCCCUGAACUUGUUUGUGACGGUGAGAGUCGUGCAGGCAAUCAGAAUGAUGGAGUUGCGAUCAUUGGAAAGGCCAUAUGGGGUAUUAUGGGAGUAGAAUGA